CUUCCUCCUCCUCCUCCUCUCCCCCCUUCUGCCACCCGAUCGCUGCCAAAAUGUCUUCUCUCUUUGGCAGCCUGAGUACUUCGCAAGCCAAACCUUCCUUAUUCCCGACCCCCAGCACCAGUGCAACCUCACAACCCGGCCUCUUCAGCGGACUCAAUGCGAAACCAGCUACCUCAACAGGUGGAUUAUUUGGUUCUGUUGGAACAUCGCAGCCUCAACAGCAACAGACAGGAACGGGUCUCUUUGGAUCUGCGGGGGCGACCACACAGCCUCAGCAGCAACAGACAGGAACAGGCCUCUUUGGAUCUACAAGUGCGAGUACACAACCUCAGCAGCAACAGACAGGAACAGGUCUCUUUGGAUCUACACAGCGACAGCAACCUAGCGGCAGCCUUUUUGGCGCUGCUUCGCAGCCUCCGCAACAGAGCUCAUUGUUUGCUCCUGCAGCCAGCUCUACAUCUCAAGUCCAGAACCAGCAACCGCAGCAGAAUGGGGCACGCAGCACUUACUUCGAUACGAUCCUAGAGAAGAGUCGGAAGCGAGCGGCUGGCGAGACGGCGGAUGAGGACCUCCCUCAGCUUCAGCUCGGCCUUGGGGAUCUGCGACAACGGAUUAAGCGACUUGCUGCUGGCCCAUCUGAUGGAACCGUCGAUGGAAGAGCGCAUUACCUUUUGGCAGCCUCUGGCGUAGAUCCAGGGGCCGCAGUGAGGGACCUCAACCUUCUGAGCUCGAAGAUAGGAAGGGUCGAGCGACCGCAACCGCAGGAAGCCCCUGAUACAGACGUGGAAGGAUAUCUUGCAACCUUGCAAAAUCAGACUACGUUGAGUAUGAUUGCUGAUGGUCUGGCACGCUCUGUACGGGAUUUCGAUGCAUUCUUGGACGACAAUGUGACGAUGGAGUGGGAUGCUCAACGGAAGAGAAUAUAUCAACACUUCGGUAUCAAACCCAGGGAGGCUACGAUGGCUGGAGGCAGGUCAAGUUUUGCAGCUUCGACUUCGGAAGAGCAAGGGGGGUUUGGACGAUCGAGACGAAGUAAAGCGGCAGGACUUGCGGGCUCACGGGUGUCGGGAGCAAAGAGCACCUUCGGUCGCUCUGGACUUCAAAAAUCCGUGAUUGGAGCUGCUGGCCCAAUUGGAAGCGGAUAUCAACCAUUGUUCGCUGAUGUGGAAAAACGGAUGGAGACAAAUGGCAUUGUUGCACCAAAUCCCAGUGAUCGAUUUUUCCGAGAGAGGCAAACCCGAUUAGCUGAGAAGGUCCAGAAUCUAAAUGCAGCACGGUUACGAAAACGUUGUUAUCCAGUACUUCACGAAUUUGCGAAGGCAGUGACUCCAGGGGGAGAGAAGCAUGCUACUGAAAUUUCCCAGGCUUACGGAGCAAUGAUCGAGAUUUUGGGCGAGAAGCCGGACAUUGAUUCUCCAUCUAGUUCAGGUGCAGUCAAGGAGCGGCAGUUUGCUGAUGAGUACCUGGACGAAACCCCGAGCUCGGCCAAGAGCAUGGCGAUUAGGAAGAGGAUUCUCGCUGGGUCAGCCAGGUAUCUGGAGAAACUAUUCUUCGAGGAGUUGGAAGCAACCGUCGCAAAGAGUCCGAGAGAAGCCGCUCUUGGUGGAAUCCCAGACGUUAUGAGCAAGGUGAAGGCAUAUGUACGAUUACGUGCGGCUCGGAAGGAUCUUGUCCCGGAUGGUACCGGCCUUCAGAUGCUUGACGAUGACUACGUCUGGGCACUGGUUUAUUACCUGUUGCGAUCAGGUCACGUUAAAGAAGCAGUCAAAUAUGUCGCAGCCAACUCGGUUGCCUUCCGUGCUAUUGACCGCAACUUUUUGAACUACAUCACGAGUUACUCCGCGAGUGAGGACCGGAGACUCAAUAAAGAUCAACGAGAGCGUAUCAACAACGAGUAUAAUCAGCGUCUGCGUAUAGCACCCCCGAACUCGAUUGAUCCAUUCAGAAUGGCCUGCUACAAGAUCAUCGGUCGUUGUGAUCUCCAGUCCCGGAUGUUUGAGGGCUUUGAGCACAAUUGGUACGAUUACUUGUGGCUCCAGUUCGUCCUGGCCCGGGAGAUCAAUAGAGUUGAUGAAAUCGCCAGCGAGGUCUGUAACCUUGCAACUGUCCAGACAGUUGUGAAAGAAAUCGGCUCUCGUUUCCUUACGAAAUAUGAGAAUUAUGGAAUGUACUUCUUCAUGCAGGUGUUGGCAGGUUUCUUUGAAGAGGCCAUUGAAUAUCUCUACCCUCAUGCAUAUCCGGAUGCAGUCCAUUUUGCCAUCGCUCUGGACUACUAUGGUCUGCUCAGGGUCUCAGACCCAGAUGCAUCUGGAGAAAGUUUGCUCAGCUUUACCACCAGAGGCAUUCCUCAGCUGAAUUUUGGUCGCAUGGUCGGCCUCUACACAAGGGACUUUAGAGCCGCAAACGUCAGCGCUGCUGUUGACUACUUGACUCUCAUCUGUCUCAACCAAGAUCUGCCGGGCGAGCUCGGCCGCAAGCAGGUCGCGUUGUGUCAUGAUGCGCUGCGCGAACUCGUCCUAGAAAGUCGAGAGUUCGCUCUGCUCCUUGGAGAUAUUCGUGCCGACGGUCAACGUGUGAAGGGUAUUAUCGAGGAACGGAUGAGGCUUAUCGCCCUGGAGGAGACAGAUGAUUUUAUGAGAACAAUCACGAUUCAAGCUGCUAGUGUGGCAGAUGACAAUGGACGCACCACCGACGCAGUCCUGUUAUAUCACCUAGCAGAGGAGUAUGACAACGUUAUUGUCAUCAUCAACCGAGCACUCAGUGAAGCCAUUUCCGUAGAGAUUGGCCAGGAUCAUAUGCAGCUGCAACCCUCUAAGGCAAGGACUGGUGGUGAAAUGCCACAAGAUCAACAAGGUAGCCUCAGUCUUACCUCUGUUGAUGAUCCGGUCUCUUUGGCCGAAAACAUGACGACCCUGUACGGUCGGAAUCGGAUGUACAUGGACAGGAUCAAAGACACGAAUAAAGAAACUUGUCAAGCAUUGUUGACUAUGAGCCGAGUAAAGACCAAGGUCGAGCAAGGGAAGUGGACAGCAGCUCUGGAUGAUAUAAUGGCGCUCGAUAUCUUCCCUCUCCAGGCCCAUGGCAACGCGAGCAUCAUCCGAAGCUACGCCACCAAGUUCUCGGCGCUCGCUCCGCCAAUCGCAAACAGCGUGCAUAACCUUGUGAUGUGGACGAUCGAGUGCUGUACCAAAGCGCGCGAGUCUCUCAUGAACGGCCAAUUUGGGGGAGCUGAGGGGACCAGACAGGAGUUAAUUGAUAACUUAAAGCAAGCAAAACUGGACUUGAUUUCAUACACCAGCUUGCUGAGAUAUAGAUUUCCCAACUAUGUCAACGAAGCCUUGGCCAGAGCUCAGUCUGAAUGACGGGGCCAUGUUUGACAAGACGGGGAGGGGGGGGGAUCUCAAAUGUAUUUUAGAAAAAGGACAAAAAGUGCGUCAAGAGGGAAGCUUCCAAAGGAGGCGUUGCUUGCGGAGCAAAAGGGAAUGGAGGGAUAGAUACUACUUCUUCUUGAAUCGCGGCGUAAUGAUGAUACAUACUGUUAUGCCUC